AUGGCCGAGCAGUACGAGUUCGACAUCGACCUGUUUGAUGGCGGUACCCCCGGCUCUGCCUACCACAUGAGUAACCUGCCUGGUGAGGACCAGCGCCAUUACCUGGCGCAGUACGGUUCGACCCGCACGGUCAAAGGCAUCCUCACCGACGUAGUGCACGGGCACCUCACGUCAGGCGGGGACGCGGCCACCCUGAUCGUGUCUACGUUCAAGUUCCUGGGAUCGACCAGGGCGAACCGCUUCGUCUCGGCGAAUAUCACCUGGGAGUUUUUCUACGCCGAUCCGGCCAAGCCCGGCGUCGCCGCCGUCGGUCUGGACGACUGGCCCGAGGUGGUCAACCUGUCGAUGGAUGAUCAGUUCGUGAUGGACAGGGAGACGUUCACCCUAAGCAAGGAUAGGUCACUGGAAGCGGGGCUGCAGGGCGGGGCCUUCGGCGCCAGCACCAGCAUCAGCAGCGGAUGGACACGCUCCGAGUCAGGCAACGUCCACGAUCACAUUUCACUAUAUGGCUCCAGUAUUUUCCCACAGCGGAACGCGGGAGAGCCUACCGGGGCUAAGUGGGUCAUGGAAGAGAACGCAACCGGGGAGAGCGGCAUCCCGGACACGCUCACGACCGCGGUCCUGCUUAGGCGGAAGCCUGGCAAACGCUUCAUCGGCGUCAUUGACAUCAAGGCCAAGCAGAAGCUCGACCUGAGCUCCCGCAUAGCGCAGCUGGUAAGCACCAAGCCCAAGGUCAGCCCGAUUCGCUUUGAUCCGGCUCUGAAGGCCACCACCGACAAAUACGAGCCUGAUGAGCUCGAAAAGGUCGUGUUGGAUGACAUCAACAUCGUCAGGUUCAAGACUGAGUUACCAAAGCACGCAGCAUAG